AUGACAUUAGAUCAAUUGUCGAUAGGAAAUGAACUAAAGGAUUCCUAUAAAGUUACAUCAACUUGGAUCAAAAAUGGUAUUAACUUCUUGGGUGAUAUUGAUGAGUUUUACCGUGAACGAGCGGUUAUCGAAAAGGAGUACUCAACAAAGUUAAAGGAGUUGACAAAGAGAUUCUUUGAAAAGAAGGCCAAGGUUUCAUCCAACUUGUCAGUAGGGGAUGAGCCUCAAAUUACUCCUGGGUCAUUGGAAAGUGCAUCACUAGUUCUUUGGAAUGAAGUAUUAACUCAAACAGAGGCAAUUGCCGAUGAAAAGGCUAAUUUCAGUCGUGAGUUGCAACUAAAGAUUGGAGAAAAUUUAGUCAGUUUGAGGGGCAAGUGCGAGAGGAUUGAGCGUCAGAUAGCGCAGAUUAAUGAGUACCUAACUACUGAGAAGAAAGGUGUCGAGGAUGAGGUUGCAAAAGCAAAAAAGCAUUAUGAUUCGUUGUGUCAAUCUACAGAAACGGCGAGGGACAAGAAUCAAAAAUCGCCAAGUGACAAGCAUGCACGGAAGUUAGCUGAUAGGGAAGUUGAAAUGAAUAAUGGGAAAAAUGCAUACUUGAUCAAGAUUAAUACGGCUAAUCGAUUGAAGGAUAAGUAUUAUUACCAGGAUGUUCCUGAAAUAUUGGAUUACUUACAGGAGUUGAAUGAGGAUAGGGUUGCCUUGAUGAAUAAAUUGUUGAGGAACGCAAACAUUGUGGAAAGGAACUCAUUGGACAAGGUAAAGGAGAAAUUGCAUUUGAUUGAUAAUACAAUUGAUCAGAAUGAUCCGAAAUUGGAUGUGGCUAUGUUUAUUAAGCACAACACGGUUGACUGGGCUGAGCCACAGGACUUUUAUUUCAUUCCAUGCUCAUUUUGGCAUGAUGAUGAGAGUUUGGUGAUAAAAGAGCCGGAGUUGACAGAAUUAAAGAAGCGACUUAAUAUUGCCACGAACGAGUAUGGAAAGUUUGAACAAUCAAGUUUGGAUAUGAAGCAGUCGCUUGAGGAGAGUACAGCAAAGAGGAAAACUGAUGAGAGUAUCACGCUCAAGUUUGACUCUGGGUUACAAAACUCACUAACCCUAUUGAGCAAAUUUAUUAAAGAGGACACAAGUAGGGUCAAGAAUGAAGUUGAGAUUGAAAUCAUUCAAAAUUUUGCUGGCGAUAAAGAUUUGAGCUACGUUGCUCCUGUGGCGCAAAAGAAGUCUCGUUUUGGAUUCCUCAAGGGUAAAAAGACUGAGCAUGAGCAAAGUGAUGCCCAUUCAGUUCACACAGUUAAGUCACAAACGUCAACCAUCUUACCUAGUGGCAUUUUCAACCUUCGGAAUAAGAGCUCUAGUAUAAAAGACUCUAGUGACCCCACAGCUAGAGCUUUGUAUGCAUAUGCUGCAACCAGUGCUGAUGAGACAGGAAUGCAUCCCGGCGAUGAGCUUUCCGUAGUAGAAGAGGAUGACGGUUCAGGAUGGACAAUGGUGUCUGGUCCUCAGGGACAAGGGCUAGUACCAACAUCAUACAUUGAAAUCAAAGCUGCAAAGAAACCACCACCAGUUGCACCAAAAAGGGGUGCAAAAAGAGUGCAAUACUUGGAAGCGCUUUACGAUUACACUGCCGAUGGUGAAGAUGAGCUAAGCAUACGAGUUGGAGAUCGAAUCAUAUUAGUAGAAGAUGACACAGACGGUGGUGGCUGGACUGAAGGAGAGUUGAAUGGAGAAAAAGGAAUGUUCCCCACUAGUUACGUAAAAAAGAUAUAG